GCAGGGCGAACAAAUAUUACACAAAAAAAACCUUUUUCUGUUAAAGAAGCUUACUAUACAGUUGUAUUUUAUUUCCCCUCCCGUAGGGUACUGGGCAAAGGAGUUAAAGUGCUGUUUACUAGAGUAUAAAUGAAUAAUUAGUACUUGUGCAUCUGUCUCAUCUGUGCAGAAUAGCAUGUAUUUUUUAAUUCUCCCUCUCUUACUCUCUCUCUCUCACAUUCAAUCUGUGAUACAUUUUUAUUAUGAGCUCUUUUAAAUAGUUAUGAAGAUCAUAUUUUAUGCGUCAUGGCGUGUGCUUUGCAUACAGCUGGUAUUUUAAAAGGCAGAAUAGUAGAGUGGUACAACUUAAGUUAUGCAGAUAGUCACACACACACACAUCAUUUCUCACCGACCCUCUGCUUUUCCCAGUGUUGUUUCUCUCUCUCUCUCUUUUCAUCUUCUCCACCGCUCUGCUCUUUUUCACCCCAUCUGUGUCUCACCCUCCCUCCCACCUCUCUCCCGUCCUCGUUCAGUUCUUCUUCUCUUCCACCAUACAGCGUUAUUUUCUUUGAUCGGUCUCCAUUUGUGUCUUUACCCUCCCACUCUGCAUACUGACACAGCUGAAGGGAUCUCUCUCUCUCUCUCUCUGUAUCUCUGUCAGUGCUCUCUCUUUACCCCCUCUCUAUCUGUCUUCUCCUUAUUUGUCUCCCUCUGUCUCUAUCUCUACCUCCCUCCCUCCCUCUCCCUCUCCCUCUCAUCCUCAUCCUUCACUAUCUCGCCACGCACACUUGAUUCAUUUUACACAUUACCGAAGCAUCCAUCAUUUUUGCUCUGUGAAGGAAAAAUCUUUUUUUUUUCAAAUCCGUGACAAUAUUUUUCCACUUCUCUCUCUUUUUUCCGGCUGUCUUUUCUUUUUUCCCCAACUCCUACACUCUUCUUGUGGAAUCCAAUCCUAAAGCUGGAACCAAUAUGUUUUAUUUCCAGCUGGUCAUCAUGGCAGGGACCGUUCUGUUGGCGUACUACUUUGAGUACACGGACACGUUCCCCGUGCACAUCCAGGGCUUCUUCUGCUUCGACAAAGCCUACUCCAAGCCGUACCCGGGACCGGAGGACAACAGCAAGGCGCCGCCUGUCCUCGUCUACUCCCUAGUCACCGCCAUCCCCACUGUGACGAUCCUGAUUGGGGAAGUGACCAGUUUCUUUGUGAAGACGGAGGGAGCUCAGGAGAAGACCAUAGUGACCGCUGACUGCUGUUAUUUCAACCCUCUCCUCCGAAGGAUCGUACGUUUUCUGGGUGUCUACUCCUUCGGCCUCUUCACCACCACCAUCUUCGCCAAUGCAGGUCAAGUUGUGACAGGAAACCAGACGCCUCACUUCCUGUCUGCCUGCAGGCCCAACUACACGGCUCUGGGCUGCCAGUCUCCAAUGCACUACAUCGCUGAGCGCCGCGCCUGCACAGGAAACCCGUACAUUGUGGCGUCCGCCCGCAAAUCCUUCCCCUCCAAAGACGCAGCGCUCAGCUUUUACUCAGCCAUCUACACAGUGAUGUACGUUACCCUGGUGUUCAGGACCAAAGGGACCCGUCUGACUAAGCCCACCUUGUGCCUGGUGCUGCUGUCUCUGGCCGUGCUGGUGGGGGUGGUGAGGGUGACUGAACACAGAAACCACUGGAACGAUGUCCUGGCUGGGUUUGUCACCGGAGGGGCCAUCGCCGCCUUCCUGGUGUCAUGUGUGAUCAACAAUUUCCAGCAAACCCAGAUAGGCAUGCCGACUCCUCCACCUCCACAGCGUCCAGAGCCCUCGAUGGGGCUUCCUCUGCUCAGCCUGCCCCGCGUGGAGAGUCCACUCGAAAAGUUAAGUGGCCUCCAGGCUCCAGGGCUACCGUAUUCUGAGAUCACAUGACCAUCAGCCAAUCCCGUCCCCCGCCCCUCCCGAUGUGCUCCUCCCGUCACGGCGUUGCCUCACCAGCGCAGUUUAGACCUGCCCAUCGAAAUCCCCCCGCCCUGCCCCGCCCACUCCGUAGGACGACAUCCUCUCAGACGAGUCAAAUCCACGCAGGUCUGAAGGUCCGCCAAUCACAGGAGGCAGAACAGCAACACGAGCACACGGCAAGCUGGAACCUGUUAUCCGCUAACGACCAAUAGGAGAGGAUCCGUGUCCUUCUGUCCUGUUCUGUCCUGUUUGUCCUCCACGAUGGCCUCCUUUUUCUUUCAGGUGUAAAAGACCCAAUGAAAGAAACGCCAAAGCCAGAGCUGUUGAAGCAAUACUGUGUCCUGUUUCCUUGUCCUGUUUCCCACAAAGACCCAACAGUGACUCUAAAGACUGUUGGCUGGGGAUGACUUGAUAAAACACUGAGGGUUUGGGGAUCGUCCUCAACAGACCAUUUUGCAUCACUCAGGACAAUACAAUGGACAAAGGGACAAGAUUAAAAGACCUUUAUGUAAUCAAAAUGCAGGUACCGUCGAGUGUUAUGCUACAGAUUUUUAUUUCCGUCCUCAAAACCAACAAAUAGACGCGGUCAAAGAGGAAAGCACCUUUGUAAAUGAUGGCACAGAUGAACCAAUUUAGUGUUCAGUAAACUGUGUUGUAUCUUAUUUGUUUUGGGGAUUUGGGUUUCAUCUCUUGCUGUGUAUUGUGUGAAGUGACAGAAGAGAGAUUUAUACACACUAGAGCUGUGCUUGUGAUACCACAUUUGUUUUGGGGCAUCGGUUAAUUCAUCCCUGAAGUGAACUGAACUAGAUUUCCAUCAACUUUCCAAAUAUCAUUUAUCUACUUACUAUUCAGGUGUGUGUUUCUAAAUGUCUGUAGGUUCUACGUCCAUGCUGUGAAAUAUUUGGAAGGUUUUAUCAGUUGACUUACUGCCUAUUCCCAUGUGGACUUCUUUGUUAGUGUUAGUUUGCAUAAAAGUCUCACUUUGUUUUUCCAAUUCCUCCUUUAAAGGGAGACACGCCAGGCAAAAACAUUGUUAUUCAUGCACUGGUCAAUCUUGAGAUUUUUAGCUAUUUUGCUUAAAUAACAUGUCUUCUUUCAGACUAGUGGAAUUUUACAACACUUUGUCUAUUUGCACUUAGAUUUCUCCUGAAUUCACCGAAAGUUAGCAUCCAAUAAUGCUCCCAUCGUCGCCGCUGCUCUCUCUCUCUCUUGCUUCACCACUCACUUCCCACAUACACACCUACUUUAAGCACUCUUCUCUUUCAACAACUGGCUCUACGGAGGGCCAUUCACGUUUUCGCAACAGCCACUGUAACAAUC